CCUUGAUAAUGGUAUGAGUGUGCGUUUUUCAGCGGCUUGAACUCUUACUUGUAAUCGGAAGCAUAACAUCAUGCAAAGCAUAUUACGCCGUGGGAGCAAUAGGUAGGUGGCAACAUUGAUGGGCUGGAUCAAUUUCCUGUCAGAACCUGCGCACUUCCUUUCAUCUCUUACACUACAUCAUGGACGAAGGUGCUCCUCACGAUGAGGGGCUCAAGUGGUUUGGUGAGGGGUUUGAUGGCUUUCCGAAGCGUCUGCCCGAAGACUGUGUUGAGUACGUAAUCUACGUGAUUAAUGAGCAUUUUCAAGAUGUUGCCGCCACCCGCGCAAGGCUGAACGCGAUCUUUAAGAAAGCAAACGAAAUCUGCAGAAAGCACACAGCAGGCUACAUAUGGCAGCGCGGCGAGUUUGACUUGAAGAUACGGCCCACACUUUCCGACCAGGAAGCAGCCAAUGGCCAAAAGUCUUCGCCACAGACACCCCAUCUGCGAGGACGAACAGACUUCGGCGACUCUAUCGCCGACGAGUGGCUUGUUGUGUAUCUCUUAUUAGAGCUCAGCAAACAGUGCCCGGACGCCUGGAUCCGGGUGUAUGACACGGAUGGCGAGUUCUUACUGAUCGAAGCCGCGAAUGCCUUGCCCAAAUGGCUAAGCCCAGACGUGUCCGAGAGUCGAGUAUGGAUCAACAACGGCCAUCUGCGCAUCGUGCCGCUCGAUGAGGGCUCACGCACAAGGAGCCUUUCAUUGCAGGACGCUCUCACAUUCGUCAGGAAAUCACCAGACAAGCUCAUCGUCUCGCCGUUCAUCGAGGAAGAAGCUUUCUACCGCCUCCGCACCUAUCCUGGAGCCAUUGCCACAUCGAUGCAUCGCGCGCUCAUCACCGUACCUCGACCUCUAGCAUACCUGUUACACCGCAAGCCAACGUACAUUUCUCCAGCCAUCGAGGCUUUCUACUUGCGCGACCCAAUCAGCCUCAAGCCGCUUGCAACCAAGGAUACAGCAACACUUCAUCUCCCGCCAGAAGACUUCGUGACGGUUAGUGUCAAGUUCACGAAAGUAGGCUAUGCGCAGCUGCGAAGCCAGCUUUUCGACACGCCACCUGCGUGGACGGGCAUCAUUCCGCGGCUAAGCGACUCCAAGGUCGAGCUUGGCAUGAAGCUGGCCUGCGGCUUUGAGAUGCUGCUUACAGAUCCUCAGAGUCAAGACAAGCGGGUUGUGCGUGAAAUCAAGCUGUUGUUGAAUGAUAUUGAAAGUGGUGAAGAACCGCUACCGUCGGAUGUUGAGCUUGCUUCUUGGCCACGGGAUCAGGACGAUGAGAAGUGGCUUGACAUUGACUACCGAGAUUUUGAGCACGAAUUGUCUGGGAAGAAGGGUGGCAACAAGACUGCCGAGGGCGGGUUCGGUGAUCAAGGAGCGCAAGACAACCUACGUAAGAUGGUGUCUCGCUUCGAAGACUUCCUCAACGACGACUCUGCCGGCGUUGAAGGCAUUGACGAUGGUGAGGUCUCCGAUGACGAUGCCGAUGAACCUGACGAAGAAGUCUCAGACCUAGACUCAGGAGAGGACAGAGACGCCGGCUACGAUGACGCGGAUUUCGAGCGGGCAAUGAAGGAGAUGAUGGGCAUGCCUGCCGAAGAAGUCGAGAAGAGCGGUCUGCUUGAAGAAGCUAGAAGGCUGGCGCUUGAAGAUGAGCAGAGCGGCGACGAGCCCGACGAAGACGAGGAGAUGAAGAAGGUGAUGGAGUUGAUGGAGCAGGAGUUGAAGGGGCAUGAUGCGUUGCGAACAAAGCAUGAUACGCACAAUGGCGUUGAUGAGGACGAAGAUGUUGGCCCGGGUGAUGAAGAGCUCAGCUCGGACGACGAAGAGUUCAACGAUAUUGAUUUGGGCUUGGCGAAGAAUAUGUUGGAGUCGUUUAAAGGGCAGGCGGGCUUGGCGGGGCCGGCGGGGAACAUAAUGAGGGCGUUGGGGAUCAAUAUGCCGAGGGACGAGGGUGGGGAGGAGUAG